AUGGGAAUGCAAGGCCCUCUGACCGCCCAGGCUUUGGGUCGGUCGCCUUACGAUGAUGUCGUACAGGGCGAAGGAGAAGACGAAAACCAUGAGCCGAGGCAACAGUAUGAUCACCGUGGCCGGCCAAUCAACCCCGAGUCCAAACGCAUCAACAGGGACAUGAUCAGAUCUCACAAUGAAGUCAUGCUGGUCGUAGGCGUCGCUGAACCGGAAACUCCAUCCGCUGCUCCGGGAGAGGCUGAGUUGAAGAGACAACAUAGCGAGUAUGAAGAAAGCACAGGUUCACGAUUGGCUUGGACUGCCAAGGCGCUCAUCCACGGUAUUGGCCUAUUUGGCUUGACUGGUGCAAGGGAGCGGGUUCUUGUAUUCAAACGAUACUCAGAUACCCCUUUCCGGGAUCUCUACAGGAUGACGAGAAUGAACUUCUCCGUCUCUCAGUAUGUGUUUCCUGGGUCCCCAGCUGGGAUUCUCGCUGGGUGGUGCCAGCAUCGUUUCACCCCGCCUUGGCACGAUUAUGAUGAUUUCAAUUUUAAAAUUUAUUGUAUGCACGAGGCCUGGUAUUAUGUUAUUGAUCACCUUCAGUUGUAUGCCUCAUUUCAACGACUGGGGCUGGUCUCAAGCACUCAGCUUCUUCCUUCGUGGAAAUAUUUUAUACCCUUUACCGAUGAUUCUCCCAUCCAAUGCCCGCCACCCCUGGAAGAUUUUACCCUUCAGUCAGUCCUUCAAUGGGUCGGGGGCGUCUUGGUUUCAGUAACUCCAUUCCUCCUCUGGACGAUUACCCAACGACUCGUUAGAGACUGGAGACCUAUCAUAUGGCGGCGCAUGAUAGAGCGCAUUCCCAAUCCUAUAGCUUUCGGCGCUACUAUCGCGCCUCCACCAGCGCCGCCAACUCCUACCCCAGUAGCCAUAGAGGUAGAGAGUGAACAGGAACCCCCGGGGCAAGAUCCCGGCCCUGAUGAGAAUGGGCCCGCAAUGGAACGUAGCCAAAGUCCUCAGCCCAGCCGGCGAAACGGGCUAGAUCGACGGCAGAGUGUCCAUUCAACCGGCGUCGUUGAAGAAUUUGCCAGCGACGACGAUGAUCACGACGUGGUUAGUGCUACCUUGAUCAGCUUUGAUGUGGAGGCGACAGAUGCUACCGAUGUGCCGCAAGGCUUAUGGUCCGCGGAACUUAGGCCGAGCACUGGCCCGGACAGACGAAUGCUGACCGGGUCGCCCAUAUACCUAUCAACAAUGCUCACCAGGCUGCCGUCUUUGAUGGCAGCUAAUAUUUUCAACGAUCAAGUCAUUCGUCUCAUGAUAGCACCAUAUGAGGCGAUGGCUCUCCGGCUUUCGGCUCGUGCUUUCUGCAUUGGCCGGGGAUUGCCUUGUGACAAUAUAUUCAGUGUUCACCCGCUUAGUGGUCUUAAUGUGACCUGGCUGGUAAACUUUUUGGGCUUUGAGCUGUUGCAUUUGAUGCUAUCUGGCGAAGUUUGGAGUUUAUUCGCCUACCUCGCUCAGAGCUUCCACAAAUCCGAGGAGGAAUGGAAGGAGUUGAAGGAAAACGAGGGAAAAGAGCAGGGAGUUUAG